AUGGCAGACACUUCAAACAAUCACAUUGCCGUGAUUGGCGCCGGUGUCAUCGGCCUGUCUGUCGCACUGCAGCUGGCCCGCCGCGGAUACCUGGUUACAGUUGUCGCGAGAGAGCUUCCAGGCGACUGGGAUAUCGAUUAUGCCUCUCCCAGAGCUGGCGCACACUUUCGGCCCGUUCCUGUCAAGACAGAGCAAGACGUAUUUGAGAAUACCUUGAUGCGCCAGAGCUACGAGGAGCUGAAGCGCAUAGCUGAUGAUCCCGACAAGAGAGAUGCAGGGGUGGCUUUUAUCCCGGCUAUCGAGUACUUUGACAGAGCACCGACAGAGGAUGAACUUGCCAUGUUUGCCGCCUGGCCACAGUAUCGCCUCUUGAAUGCCGAUGAAUUGCCUAGUGCAGGAGCUGCCAGCAGCAUCAGGGUCGGCCUGACGUAUUAA